GCACACUUCCUAUGAUCCAGGUCUGAUCCAGGUCUACAGACAUCAGGACGUCCCCGGUGUGCGCCCUCCCAGAGCGCACACGGAGGCGCAGAGACAUGGAGGCCUGACAAAAGUUACAGUAAGACCCAACCCCACUUGAAGACAGUCUGCUCCCAGUCUCACCUGACGCGUAUUGACGUUUCCAGCUGCUCCCAGUCCCACUGGCGUGUACCUACUUAAUCCACACUUUUGGGACAGUGGAUCUGAAUGUCUGCAUGUCGGACUGUAUUUUUCAGUGAGGAGCCACGAUGCCUCAGUCCAGGAUGCAGUUGGUGGUGACGGGAGAUGACUUUGGGUAUUGCCCACGGAGGAAUCAGGGGCUGGUGGAAUGCUUCCUGUCCGGGGGCAUUACCACAGUGUCCCUGCUGGUCAACGGCUCUGCUGCCCAAGAGGCCGCCGAGCUGGCCAAGAGACACAGCAUCCCCAUUGGGCUCCAUGCCAACCUGUCGGAGGGCGUCCCCAUGUGCCCCAACCUGCUGCAGUCCACCCUGGUGGACCACCGUGGACUCUUCCAUGGAAAGAUGGGCUUCCGGCGCUGCCUGGAAAGAGGGCAGCUGUGCCUCACACAGGUAGAGAUGGAGCUGCGUGCUCAGGUUAGGCGCUUCACAGAACUGACUGGCCAGCGGCCACAGCACAUGGAUGGACACCAGCACGUGCACGUGCUGCCAGGAGUGCGGCAGGUCUUUGCUCAGGUCUUGUCUGACUUGAGUAUCCCGUUCACUAGAGUGCCAGUGGAACCUGGUCUCCACAGCUGCCCGUGGCUCCAGGCUCCUCUGAGAACCUUCUACAGACAAGUGGAGCAGGACGCUCUGGACUCCAUCCCUGUCUUCAGGAAAUACUCACUCAGGUGGCCCGAUGUGUACCUGGGCCUGACCACUAUGGGCCAGAACAUGUCUGUGUCCAGUUUGCAGAGGGCGCUGUCCCACGCCCUGUCCACAGAGUCCUCUGAUGGCACACCCACAGAGCACCUGCUGAGCGCCGAGCUGAUGGUGCACCCCGGGUACCCCAGUCUGCCCGGGGAGGGAGGCUGUGGGGAGGGGCCUGAUGACUUUUCCCAGUCCCCAGAGCGACAACACGAGCUCCAGGUCCUCACAGACCCCUCCCUGAGCACCCUGUACCGGAGCCAGGGGGUCCAACUCAGCUGCUUCAGAGAACUGCACACAAGUACAUGAGACAUACACACAACUAGGGGGCACAGACGAGCCGAAACUGUUACUCUACUUUAAAGGGCCCAUAUUUUGCUGUUCUUUUGUCUACGCUUUAAUGCUUUUUCUUCAAAAAACAAAAACAUGUCUAGAGUUGUGUUUUAUUUCAUUUACACAUGUAUAGCACACAAACCCUGCACAUUUAGGCUAAGUUCUUCUCUCAAACAGAACAUCACUGUUCCACCUUGUGAUGUCAUGUGGUAAUACAGGAAGUGCUCCACUGUGUUUUAACUCCAUACACCUUCACUAGAAUCAUUUGGAUAAUUUCAUUCUUGGAAUUGCCAGUCUAUACUGAACAAAAGGUAAAAGGAGCUGUUAACUUGAAAACUACCACUUCAUGACAUCACACGGUGGAUCAGAGCAUUUUGAGCUUUAGAGAUGUAGACAGACUAAUAAUAAAGGGUUACUUAAACAUGUGCGGAUGAAAAAAAACACAAAUCCAGGUAUGUUUUUUAUGAGGUGGCAGCAUUAUAACUUGGAUUAAACCUCACAAGAGUCAGUUUUGCAUAAUAUAGGACCUUUAAAGGAAUACUCAAGUAAUCAAGGAGAGGGGAAAAAAUGGGGUGCAGUGGUGUUGUAUUCAUCUAUGAGUCAAAAGGUUGUUUGUUCAAAUCCUGCCUGAGCACUUGCAGAGUUCUAUUUGAUCCCUACUAACCAUAGGGAUUCAUAGAACCCUAGUUACAUUUGUAACUUUUGUAAUGGGCUGGUUUGGACCGGACAUCCAGUGUAAAAAUAAACCAAACACCCAACCUUAUGACUGGUUGUAUUUGACAAGCCCUGCUGAAAAACGUUAGUUAAAAGUAUUGAUAAAGUUAAAGGAUGUUUUCUUUGUACUUGAGAAUUAUUACUUGAAAGUAACACCAUCCUUUUAUGGUUUUGGCUAGUACCUCCUCUGGAUUUGUUAAACACAAGGAUGAUUUUAUUUACCAGCACUUUUACCUGUUUUACCUGUUCUUACCUGUUUUACCUCUUUUGUCUGUGCUAGGUCUUUCUGUGAUCCUAUUUCUGAUUGAAAUGAACAAUUGCAUGUAGAUCUUUCCAAUGGGACACAUCAGGGAUGUUUGUAUUUGCAUUAUUCUACACACACUGUAUGUUUAGGUCUUUAUUUGUAGUUUGAGUUUUACACUGUCUGUGUGGAGAGGACAUCCAGCUAAUGUCUGUGUUGUUUAUUUGUGUUUUUCAGCUGAAGACAUUUUAACAUGAAGUUUAAAGUUUAUGAAAAACAAAAUGGUGGCAGGAAUAUUUUUCUGUAUUGAUAUUUUCAUAAAUGAGUCAUGACAUUGACAAAAGUGAAUUCUCUAAUGUUGAGCUGGUUGUUCACACCUGCUGUGCCUUUAUGAAGAGCUUGGAUCUUUUUCUGUAGUUAACAUUAUAUUAUUUACUUUAUUGUUGCUCAUUUGAAUGUGUUCUGCAUUCACAACAUCCAGUAUGUUAAUGAAUUCACAUUAAAACUAAUACACCGCUAUUCUAAACUGCCCUCCACCUCAGUUUUAAAUUAAACUAGGCCUUUUAGACUUGAACAAUCGUAAGUGAAGUAGCAAGCUCUAAAUGUAUUUAAUACCAAGAAAAUCCUUCAUAAAAACAUAUUAUGGUUUGACUAUGAUCAAACACCUGGGAAAUGCUGAGAGGAUGGUGCCUGUGUGUGAACUGUAAAAGCCAUAAUGAGAAGAUUGCAUUGUCUACCUCUCAGGGGGGGUCAUUUAUUUUCUCAAAUGUUCUGCAGGUUUUUAAACUUUCAGUGCAGAGAAUGUUCUUAAUAAAACUAUUCUGAUUUG